AUGCCGAGAGUGUCACCGGCGAUGGUGAGGAAAGUUGCGUCGCACGAUCCCUUGCUUGGCAUGUUGCUGCCAGUAUGCCGGACCGCCGAGGCGGCCCGGCAAGAGUUGCGCUGGAUCCGCACCGAGCUGAACCAUGCUGGGCCGAGCGUGCGGCGAGCGUGCGCGCUGCGAGCGCGCUCGGUGCCGCUGCAGUACGUGCUCGGAUCGCAACCGUUUGGCGAGUUGCAGAUACUGUGCGAGCGCAACGUGCUGAUCCCACGGUGGGAGACGGAGGAAUGGGCUUCGGAACUAGCCGCCCGGUGGCGGCGCGCUACGUCGUCGCGCGUGACUGCGCCGACCGUCGUCGAUCUGUGCACGGGCACGGGAUGCGUCGCCCUGCUCCUCAAGCGCGCGUUGCCGCGCGCGGAGAUCACUGCCGUGGAUUGCUCCCGAUUCGCGGUGGCAUUGGUGACGAAGAACUUGCAUCACAAUGACGUGGGACACGUCACUGUGCUGCAGCGGGACAUUCUCCGUGACGAACGUCCCGCGAUCAGCGCAGAUCUCGUGGUGUGCAACCCGCCGUACAUUCCGCGCGACGCGUUUGUCAGGGACGCCACGACAUCUGUCAAAGUGUACGAGCCGCGGCUGGCGCUCGUCGCAGACAAGGAGUUUUACACAAACCUGUGCGAUGUGUGGCUUCCCCACACGCGUUCGUUCGUGUACGAGAUCGGCGACGAGGGCCAGGCGCGCUUUGUUGCGGACCGGAUCUCAGCCCGGGCCGACGGUCGCCGGUGGGCGAUCGGGCUCAGAAGGGACUCCAACGGGAAGCCCAGGGUGGUUUACGGGUUCCGGACGGACGACGCCCGUCUGCACAGAGUGUACGACGGGUUCGGUUACUUAGUUACGUAG